AUGAUAUUAUCGAAUAUCGGUGGUGAUAUGAAUGUUUACAUUCUUAAACGAAUAAAUUGUUGGGCUUGCCAUAUACGAGGUUAUCUACAUUUUGUUUUUAUUAAUUCAAUUUAUUUAUCUUAUGUACUUCAGGGUGGUUUUCGUCUUUUACGUAUUGUAUUUCAUGAAUAUAAAUGUUUACGAACAAUUUAUUCUUUUUCAUUUUUUAUUGUCGUUCAGUGGAUUGCAUCAUUUCUAUUUAUUCUACCUAUUUUGAUCGGAGAUAAAAACUAUACAUCUUUUGUUAUUUAUUUGCCGCAAGAAUUUUAUUGUCAAGUUCCUAUUACUAGUAUUCGAGGUAUUACAUUUUUAAUACUUAGUGUAUAUUUCGUACCGUUAUGUUGUAUUGGUGUGAUUUAUUUGUGGAUUAUAAUUCAUGUCCAACAUAGAAACAGACGAAUUAUCUUAAUACCUAUUUCAGUUCAACGUAAAAACAAACGUGAUAAUAUUAUCAUAAAACGAAUUUGUAUGGUUAUGAUUGUUCUUUCAUCAUUAGGAAUUAUACCAUGUUUAUUUGUUAUUGCAUUUAUCAUGACUGAUCAUUUGCAUUGGGCAUCUUACCGUAUAAUUUGUGAAUAUAUGACAGAACCUCAUCAACAUUCACUUAUUCAACAAAUUGAUGGAUGGAUAAGUAAAAUUCAACAAACAGUUAAUGAUGCUCGAACACAAUUUUUAAACGUUAUUUAUGACCAUAUAAUUGGUAUUAAAAAUUCUUUAGAAAACUUCACACAAAAAUUAUAA